UUGUCAGUACGACAGUAUUAGACUCGAUCGGUAACGAAGAUAAUGUUCAAACAUAACCUUUAAAAUAUUAUCUUGUAAAAAUUUACAAACCAAAUAUGAAAACGCAAAAUUGGAAAGAAUUAGAUAUUCCUUUAAGUAAGCCUGUAUUAGAAACACUUCAAGAAUUGAAAUUUGAAAUUAUGACACCUGUUCAAGCAGCCUGUAUACCUCUCCUUUUAAAAGGGAAAGACGUUGCCGCAGAGGCAGUAACAGGUAGUGGCAAAACACUUGCUUUUCUUAUUCCUUUAAUGGAAAUAUUACAAAGACGCCCUGAUAAAUGGAAAAGUACAGAAAUAGGAGCUUUAAUAAUAACACCGACUAGAGAAUUAGCUAUUCAAAUUAGUGAAGUAUUAACAAAAUUCUUAAAUAAACUUUUAUUAUUAAAACAAGUAAUUCUUGUCGGUGGUACAACUAUUAACGAAGAUAUAGAGAAAUUAAAGGCUGGUGCCAAUAUUAUAAUAGCAACUCCUGGUAGACUAGAAGAUAUGCUUUCUAAUUGCAAAAGUAUAAAUUUAACAAAAUGCUUGAAAUCUUUGGAAAUAUUAAUCUUGGAUGAAGCUGAUAGAUUAUUAGACUUAGGUUUCUCAAAAACAUUAGAUAUUAUAUUAAGCUAUUUACCGCGUUUACGAAGAACAGGUCUAUUUUCUGCUACGCAAACAAAAGAAUUACAGCAAUUAAUCAGAGCGGGAUUAAGAAAUCCGGCUUUUGUUUCCGUAAAGGAGAAAGCUAAUAUAUCAACACCUUUGAGUUUAACAAAUAAUUAUGUAAUAAUACAAGCUGAAAAUAAGUUAUCAACAAUGAUAAGUUUUAUUCAACAAAAAGGAAUUCAUUUAAAAUAUAUGAUUUUUUUAUCUACCUGUGCGUGUGUAGAUUACUUCAGUCAUGUUAUACAAGCAAUGUUAUCAGAGACACGAGUAUUAGCUUUACACGGCAAAAUGAAGAAAAAAAGAUAUAAAAUAUUUGAUGAGUUUCGUUCAAUAGAAGCUGGCAUUUUGAUAUGUACUGAUGUUAUGGCUAGAGGUAUUGAUAUAUCAGAAGUAGAUUGGGUAUUACAAUAUGAUCCUCCAUCUACUGCGAGCAACUUUGUACAUAGAUGUGGAAGGACAGCCCGAAUUGGGCACGAAGGAAGUGCAUUACUUUUCCUAUUAAAAAAUGAAGAUGCAUACGUAGAUUUUAUUAAAAGAAAUCAGAAAGUAGAUAUACAAGAAAUGAAAUUAGAAGUAUGUACGGAUAUAGUGAGAAAGUGUUUACAAUGUAUGCGUGAUUUACAAUUAAAAGAUAGACAAAUAUUUGAUAAAGCAAAUAGAGCAUUUGUAUCAUAUGUACAAGCAUAUAAUAAACACGAAUGUAAUUUAAUUUUAAGAUUAAAAGAUAUUGACUUAGGAAAUCUUGCCAUGGGUUUUGGCUUAUUAAAAAUGCCACGAAUGCCUGAAUUGAAAGGACGUGAUAUAACAUCUUUUGUUGCUUCAGAAAUUGAUUUCAAUUCAAUUACAUAUUUGAACAAGGAAAAGGAACGAAUCAGAUUAGAAAAAUUAAAUCAGUUUCAUAAUACAGGUACAUGGCCGGGAAAAAUAAAACGUAAAUGUAAACAAACAGAAUCUUGGACUGAAACAAAAAAGAGAAAAUUAGAAAAACAAGAAAAACGUAAAAAGCGAAAAGAAAAGAAAAAAAUUCAACAGGACAAGGGUGUUGUUCCAGUUAAAAAAAAGAAGAGAUCUAUUACUUCUGAGGAGUUAGAAGAAUUAGCAAAAGAUGUAGCAUUAAUAAAAAAAUUUAAAAAGAAGAAGAUAACUAAGGAAGAGUUUGAGACACAAUUUGGAAUUAGUUAACAAAAAAUUGGAAAAGAUAUAAAUGAUACUAUAUUUAUAAAAUGUUUGCAAAAAUAUAUAUAUAAUUUAUAAUA